AUGAGAAUAUAUACAAAAACCGGGGACAAAGGGACAUCCAGUCUUUAUAACGGACAACGAAAAGAUAAAGAUGAUGAUGUUUUUGAAGCGCUAGGUACCACGGACGAGUUGACAUCGACUCUUGGGUUGGCUAUCGAGUUUUUAGAAGAGGAAGCGACGUGGGGACAGGAAUUGGUAGAAAAGUUGACAAGAGUUCAGUGUCUCUUACAAGACAUGGGUUCUAAUAUUGCUACGCCUCGUGAUAGUUCCAACGACAUCAAAUUAGCAAAGACACAAUUUGAUCCUGAAGGAGUCAACGUAGCUACUCUGGAGGAAUGGAUCGAUCAUUACGAUGAACAACUACCCAAACUGACGAAAUUCAUAUUACCAUCGGGCGGAAAGGCAAGCGCAUCUUUGCAUAUGGCUCGUUCUAUUUGCCGUCGUGCUGAAAGACGAGUUCAUCCAUUGAUCCGUGAAGAACAAUGUGACUCUUCUGUUGGCGUCUAUUUGAAUAGAUUGAGCGAUUUUAUCUUUAUAGCGGCGAGAUGGGCGGCGCAAUGUCAAGGAAAACCAGAGAAAAUCUAUCAGAAAGUAUGA